AUGAUGCGAGCGGCCGGGCAAGGCGAGCGCCGGCCAGGCUGCGGCGAGGCCGCACUGCCGACGUUAAGUCUCGCUGCCACCGCUGUUGCUAUUGCUUUGGCGGCGACAAGCGCCGUCUCUGCGGCGAGUGUCGCGGAGGAGCAAGGGCCGUUUGGCGGCUGCCGUCUUGGAUGCAGCCUUCGCGUCUACCUGGACCGCCGGGCCCGCGCAUUGCGCUUUGUGCUGCGGCGUUUCGGCCUGCUGCUGCCGGGCCGCGGCUUCUUCGGCUCUGUCGCGGGGCUCCUGGCUGCGGAGCAGACCAUCCCAAGAGCGCGUUUGCUGCCUCGAGCCAUCAUGGCGGUCUUGGCGUUGCUCCUGCUCGACGGGUUUGUCCGGCCCUUUAACCCACCAACUCCUAACACUCACUGGCUGCGCUACUCGUGCGACUCGAACGCUAUGCGGCGGGAGUACGGCAAUCACUGUUCAAAGCUGCGAGGCGGCCCGGUGGGCGCAAAAGCGCGCGCCCACUGA